AUGCAGCAGAUUAGUCUGUCUGAGGCCUUGCAGCCAUCACUUUCUGCUUCCCAGGAAUGCACCGUUCCCCUUUCCCCUGACAUCUGCUUCGGAGCAGUGGCGAUGGGCGGUUACAUGCCUGCCCUUGCAGCAAAAUAUGCCGUAUACUACGCAUCGCAGCAUCCUCGCUUGAAGUCUCAGGCGAGUCUCCGGACGAUGAACGCCCAAUUCUAUCGACCACUGCUGCCGGCUCGAGGACCAGCUCGGAUGGUGCUCCGGGAGAUCAGCGUCGGAAAGGCAUGGUCUACUCUACGUGUAGAGGUGUUCCAGCCUGCAAAGUGUCAGGAGAUGGCUGUCUCUGCUGAUAUGCUUCUUUCCGAUCAAUCGAUCUCAUCCCUGACCCGACCUACCAACUGGACUCUCCAUCCACCACCUCGUUCCGUCGACCUCGCCAAACUGGAAACAUACUCUGACCCGGGCUGGAUAUGCUAUCAUACCGCAUUCAAGCCGACCGGGUUCAAACGUGCUCAUUCGUACGUGAAACAUUUUAUUCCGGUCGACUGGCGCCCUGCUACCCCGUUCAUCGAGCAAUGGAUCACCCCGGGCUGGAAUUGUACGCCUUCUGGUUCAGCUACAGAGGACCGGCACGAUGGCAAAGCUGGCAAAGACACGUGUCCACGUUGGACGACUGAUAUGAUACCCUUGAUCAUGGAUGCAAGUCUUCCUCCAGAAUGUAAUUUUCUAUCACAGAAAGAUGAUCAACAGGAGCAUAUUGCCAGUAUGGCCUCCUUUCUACGCUAUGCCACGGCUCAGAAGUCAGCAAGAGAGCGAGGUGACCCUAAUUGGAGAGAUCUACCCAACGAUGGCUCCGGGAGAUUUGAUGGAUCUAUGCUCAACGUGACUUUGGCUAUCUCAACUGACAUCAGGCAAGAGUUGCCGGAGGAAGGUGUCCGGUGGCUGUACUUAAGGGAUGAGGUCAAGAGUAUUCGGAACGGGGGAAUAAAUGUGGAAACGCUGCUUUUUAAUCAAGGGAUGGAGCUCGUGGCAGUGAGUCACCAGAUCGGGCAGUUUGUGUCUUCUGAGAAGAAGCGAAUCAAGGAGGAGAGUAGGCUGUAG